AGAGUGUACCAACCAACGGUGUUGAUAAAACAGACCUUCGCAUCUCCAUCGUCACCUCUCUCCCUUGACCCUUCUUCUCCAGCGUCCGAUCUUCUUCAUCCACGCUUCUCGCGCCCAAAUUUCCUCCAAAACUUUACGAAUUUUUCUCUCUCCAACUGGUAGGGUUUUGAAUGGCGGAGGGCCCCACUAGUCCAGGCGGUGGAAGCCAUGAGAGUGGGGAUCUGAGUCCAAGGUCUUCGAAUGUUCGGGAGCAAGACAGAUUCUUACCGAUUGCGAAUAUCAGUCGCAUUAUGAAGAAAGGGCUACCUGCUAAUGGAAAAAUCGCAAAGGAUGCUAAGGAAACUGUCCAGGAGUGUGUUUCUGAGUUUAUCAGUUUUAUCACCAGCGAGGCAAGUGAUAAGUGUCUAAGGGAAAAGAGGAAAACUAUCAAUGGUGAUGAUCUUCUAUGGGCAAUGGCAACCUUAGGGUUCGAAGAUUACAUUGAUCCCCUCAAAUCCUACUUGAACAGAUACAGAGAGGUAAUUAAUUUUCAGAAUAUUACACUCUACUAAUCAUAGUUUAUUAAUUUAAUCACUGAUGAUUUCAUGUUUGGAUUUCUUUAUGCUCGUGAUCAAAUUACUGGACAGAUGGAGGGUGACACAAAGGGGUCUGGAAAGGGCCACGAAGGGUCUUCCAGGAAAGACAAUAAUCUUAAUGCACAGUUUGGCAUUCAAAAUCCAUACACACAAGGUCCGAACUAUGGAAACUCACAGGCGCAAGGUCAACAACAUAUGAUGGUACCCAUGCAACGAACAGAGUAGGAACAUGCGAUUUUAUCACAGUUAUGUUGUGGGGUUGUAAUAUUAAGAUUGUUCUUGAUAUCAUGUAGUCUUGUAGGAAAUAUUUAUGUAGCCUUCAGUUAUUUAUAAAUAUUAAGAUCAAAACUUUAUUUGAUAUA